UGCGUUGAGUCUUUCGUAGAAACAGAGAGACAGAGUAAGAGAGAGGGGCUAUUUCUUUUGUCUUGAUAAUUCUGUCAAACCCCUCCUUCAUUUUCUUCUUUUUCUUUUGUCGAAUUACGAUUUUUCUUCUCUUAUAAAUUGUUGAUCUUGAUCCAUCAAUCGAUCACUGUGAUGGCUACCACCGGCAACAAGAAUAUCAACGCUAAGUUGGUGCUUCUUGGUGAUGUUGGAGCUGGAAAGUCUAGUUUAGUGUUGCGCUUUGUUAAAGGGCAAUUUAUUGAAUUUCAGGAAUCAACCAUAGGUGCUGCCUUUUUCUCACAAACAUUGGCUGUAAAUGAUGCAACUGUAAAAUUUGAGAUUUGGGAUACAGCAGGUCAAGAGAGAUAUCAUAGCUUAGCUCCUAUGUACUACCGAGGAGCUGCUGCUGCAAUAAUUGUGUAUGAUAUUACAAACCAAGCCUCAUUUGAGCGAGCGAAAAAAUGGGUCCAAGAACUUCAAGCACAGGGAAAUCCAAAUAUGGUCAUGGCACUGGCUGGCAACAAAGCAGAUUUGCUAGAUGCAAAAAAGGUGGAAGCAGAGGCAACACAAGCAUAUGCUCAGGAGCAUGGCCUUUUCUUCAUGGAAACCUCUGCAAAAACUGCAGCCAAUGUCAAUGACGUCUUCUGUGAGAUAGCUAAAAGGCUACCUCGAGUGCAGCCGGCACAGAACUCAUCAGGAAUGGUUCUUAUGGAUAGACCUGCAGAAAGGGUUGCAAGUACAUCUUGUUGCUCUUAAAAGACCCAGGGAACUUUUGCACGUUGCCUGCGCAGCCUUUGUGAUGCACAGUUGAAAUCAAUGUUCUAGUUAUCAAGUUUGGCUGUGGGUGUACAAGAACUAGGCUGCACAGCUGAAAUCAAUGUUCUAGUUAUCAAGUUUGGCUGUGGGUGUACAACUCAUUCUGAACUGUACAUGCAUGUUUGUUGAUGCUGUAUUUACUGGCAGUAAAUGAUUGUGGAUAUUGUGUUAUGUAACUAAUGGUGUGUUAUGCUUUA